CUGUAGUAUAUAUAUGUAAAGUUUAGUGACUUAACGUUUGCUUAAAAUUUUACCAUUGUUUGAAAAUUUUAUCUUAAUUUGGAAAUGCUUAUAAAAUUUUGUAUGCUUUCAUAAACAAAGCUGUUAGUAAGUGCUGUCGAAAUGUAUGUAGAGCAAAUUUACAGGGGAAAAAUCAAUCCGAAUUUACGACUCGUGAUGAAAAUCCCACACCUGAUGUUUUACUGCUGAAAGAAUAAUUAUUGUCGGAAGCAGAUCCAGGCAUAUUUGCACCGACAUGCUUGUUCAAUACCUUGAGUCUGAAAAUGGACAUUAACCGAGAAAAAAAAUAAUUUUAUGUUUUGUUUACGUGGUACUAAUUUGGCCAGCCUAAUCGGAGAGGAAUUUUAUCAGCAUGCGAUUUACAAUAGCUAUUCAUGAAAAUAAUUCUUUAGAGAACUCAGUAGAUCUAUAUACAUUGUAGAUACAAAUAAAACGGUCAUUGACGCACUCUAAUUGAAUAUCUACCAUGGCGGUUGUUUUUACAUGUUGGUUUUCCUUUUCAUUUAUUUCAUCUUCAAUUAUUUUAUUUCCACGAUUUAAAUAAGCAAUUCUUUUAUCUUUUAUUUACAUAUUUACUUAUUUUUUGCGAUGAUACUGGCAGCAUACCUCAUGUAGAUCACGGUUUUUUUUUUUUUCUUUUUUCUUUUUACGCAUGCUUGAAUAUUUCAUCAGGAAUCAAUAAACAUUUUACCUUAUACAAACAAAAUCUGACAAUUUUCAAUUCUACUAAUAGGCAUUAUUUCACCAUAGAACAGCCUCAACAAUCGCAGCAAAUUUAAUUCCCUCUAAAUCAGUAGUAAUUCUUGUGUGGAGCGGUUCACUGCAAGGUCACGGAGGAAAUUGGUCUGGUUAUUAAUAAGUCUGUGUGCGAUUUGCUUAUUAUAAGUUAUCUACCCGUAAAUUGGCGUUACCUGCAUGGUGUAGUGAUCAUAGACAAGAGAAUUGAAAAUGUAAAAUCACAACAACAACAACAACAAAAUGUUCGUGUGUUUGUCGUGAAUCACAGAACGGACUUAUUAAACAUGUCGACUAACAGUAAACUGUCGGAAAAACAGGAACAUGCGGGGAGGGAGGAAGUGAAUGGACUGUUUCCUCCCAUUGCGUCUCCUAGGAAACAUGUACUAAGAUCAAACAGUAGCAGCAACGACUCGGAUACAGUCGAAGCACCGGAAGUUCUCCCAUUAUCAUCACGUGAUACGAGUCCAUCGAAGUCGCCCUGUAAGUUACCAAGCCUGUCUUCACAAAGUAACUCAACCCCGCAAACCAGGGAGAGGAAACAUCGGCGGAAGAAGUUGUGUAGAUCCCCUAGUUGUCCGCCGACAAGACCUAAAACAAAUGACUUUGAGUCCCCACUUCCGAACGAAAAGAAUCUGGUUAAUCUACACUCUAACGAGUAUUUGCCUGAAUAUGACGUAAAGUUGCCAAAUAUCUUUAAAAAUUCCACUGGAAUGGGUGUAUCACCGGAAACUACAAGUCUUGGAUGGACCGUCAAGGACAGGUCAAGGACAAAAGCCAAUUUACGCCGUACGGAAUCGACGCGAGAAAACUACGUGGGAAGCCCAACUAUGGAAUCAAAAUACAAUAAAAAUCAACAGCGUGCCCACACGCACGCUGCGCUUUUACUGCCUUUGCGAACACAGGACUCACGAAAACCCAACCAAAGUAAAAAGAAGAAGGCAUUUACCCGCCAAAGUUCUUAUACAGAGGGUCAAACCCUUUCCCUUACUAUUGACAAUGAAACUGGUGCUACCAAUGGGUGGGGAGCGGAUUAUGAUUCCGACUAUUACGACAGCAGCGGACAACACAGUGGAUCAUCGUUUGAUCGAAUUCUAGAAGAAACCGAUUCUCACAUGAGUAUUCCGAGUGCCGGGGGUUCACAUAUCAGUGUUCCGAGUGCAAGUAAGCAAUGGCUAAAAAGCAAAGAAGGUCAAGUCAAAGUAUGACCUUGUAUGACUUUUCGAAUUAAACAUUUGUAAGACAUUAAACAACUGAAUGUUUUAAAAACGCAUUUUGUUAUAAAUCGGGACGUGUGCAAAUCCAAUUUGGACGUCUGUGAUACUUUUAUUUUUCACGCACGAAUUCUGCAAUAUGAAAUAUUGCUCAGUCGUUAUUACUUUCGCUUUCUUGUUGGCACGUUGGAGCAGUAUUAUAUUUGUGUUUGUAUAUUUAUUGAAUCACCGCUGUCACACCCAGUUUAUUGGUCGCUAAAUAUGAAAUGUCAGAUAUCGAGACGCCCGGUAUUUGUGCUGUGUUCGACCUACGUGUUUUCUCUCUUAUCUUUAUACAGUUUCAAUAUUCUUUAUCUCUUUUUCAUAUAUUAUAUAAAGUUUGAUCAAUCAA